AUGGCUUCUUUCCUUCCUGAAGAAAUUAUCUAUCAUAUAUUUUCUUGGCUUCCUGUUGAGUCUUUAAUGCGUUUUAGGUGCGUUUUCAAAUUUUGUAACUCUCUUGUAUUUGAUCCAUCUUUUGUAGACAUCCAUCAAAGGCACUCUAUAUCUCGUCCUCAUAAAACUAAAUUCCUGACAAGUUCAGGGUAUGGAAAAAAUUUGUACACCAUAGAUCAGGCCUCUUUUCUUCGUAUUGCGGAGAUAAAUGAAACUAGAUAUCCAAGAUUUGGUUAUGUUAAAGGUUUGUUCUGCUUGUGGGGUUCAUGGGUGCAGCCCCCUGUUAUUUAUAAUCCCAUUACAAGAAAAGUAAUAUCUCUUCCUUCCCAAAAUUUCCUUGAAAAAAGAACGGUUCAUUAUUGUUCGUUAGGUUUCGAACCAGAGAAAAAGAAGUACAAAAUUUUGAUGAUUACACAUGUUCGCAGUGCACCCUCGCGAUACUGGGUUUUCACUCUAGGCUCAGCUGAAUCAUGGAGAGAGAUUAAAAGUGCACCCGCUUCGUUAUCUCUGAUUUUUAUUAAUGGAGGAGUUUGCAUUGAUGGAAUUAGCUAUUUCUUCGGUUGUUACAAGGGUAAAGCAUGCAUAGCGGAAUAUAAUGUUAGAACUGAAAAUUUCAGGAUUAUCUCCUUGUGGAAAGACGAAUAUUAUAUUCCUACAUUAAAUUAUUAUAACUUGAUAGAAUUGGAGGAAAAAUUGACAGCCAUUGAUCAUUCAAGAAUGGAAAUGGGAGAGAUGGAUUUUUGGAUUUUAGAGAGUUCUGAAAGUAGUGAAUUAUGGGUGAAGAAUACUAUUGCCUUUCCCCAAAUGUAUUUGGAGGCAGAAUACGUAUCUUGCUUUUGCUGUAGUUAUACUCCUAAUGGUGAGAUCGUGUUCAUCGUUAACUUCGGACGCGGACCAAAAUGGAUUUUAUUUUAUGAUUGGAAGAAGAAGAGUUGGAGAGAUAUUGAAAUUAAGGAGAUUACAGAAGAAAUUGAUAUCAUUGGUGUCUAUGGUAAUGUAGAUGGCCUCUUGCCGUUUAUGUAUUGCUAG